AUGGGCAUCAUACAAUCCGGGAUGCGAGCAAAUUGUGCGAUUCCGAGUUCGAUCCAAUCUCCGGGCCGCGAGAGCCUUGAUGAAGGACAUCGCGAUGUCUUAGUCUCUGCUCGAAAGGUCCCUGAUAAGUGCACACGGAGCUCGGAUCUGGGAUCUAAAGUUACGAAGUGGGGAGCGUCCUCUGUCUGGUACGUUCGGAAUGUCCUCAUCAAUCAUCCCGAUCCUCGAAAAGUCUGGCAUGGAUUCCGAGCAUCGGAGGUUGAAGGCCAUAACUACGAAAGAAAAGAGCGGGAAGGGGCUCAGGAACAGGCUCCUUCAUCGCCGGUUCGGGGUUCAAAGUGGACGCCUCGUUUUUGUCAUCCACGUCGGGUUCAUUCUUCACGCGCUUCCAGGGGUUACUGUCCUCCUCCUCGUCGUCACCGUCUUCACUGUCAGACGGGAUCACUUGAACCGGAGCAUUUACGGGACCGAAAACUUGGCCUCGAGCACGGAGGUACAUCCGGAGCAUGUGCGGGAUCUUCGCCACGCAGUCGAAGUUCCUCCACUUUCACUGAAAAGGGCGGCGAUGCUUGUCGACGACCUAAAGUACGAACUGGAAAGUGGAAACAAGCGUGUGGAAAGAGGAGGCCGGCGGGCUCGAAGCCAUCGCCGGACAAGAACAAAGGACUCCUGGGGUCGAGGGGGCAGACGGUGGAUGCUCCUUCGCGUUCCAUUCUAUAG